UGUUCGUGAAGUUUCAAAAAAAUAACGUUUGUGUGCUCCCACUUGUUUCAUAUUGUUGCAUCACAAAGCCAAGUUCAAGAUGCAGUACAUGAAUUCAUCUCCCGUGAUGACCAUGAUUCUUCAACCAGAAUUCAGCCCUGCACCCCGACAACCCAACGCUUAUAUGGUGAUGGCACCCUCGACCCCUCCGCCUGUGUACGGAUCAUUCAGAAGGAAAGAUAAAUCGAGCAACUACCCCCCUCCACGGGUUUCAAAAUACACAGAAUACGCAUCGCCUCAAAGAACAACAUAUUCAUCAUCAAGAAGACCCUACACGGCCCCCCAUACCCAGAAGGGCACGCAGACCCCAUGGUCCCAACCUGAGCACACUACGAGAUCACCUAGAAUUAUUCGAAGGCCGGCGUCCAGUAGUUCAAGCACGACGUCUAAGUUCAACUCUGUCAGGAGACCUCCUUAUGCUCCGCGAAUGAUGGAUGCUACGGCAACCAGUGCGAUGCAGUCGUACCCAGCAGCCCCAAACAACGCAAAACUUCCAGAAUACGAUCCACUGUACGACCCUCACUUGAUGGAUUUCUACGCCAAGAAAUAUGGACUGAGACCUCAGCCACCAAGAGGCAGCAUGGUUAGUACAAGUGUGGAGUAUUUGAUCGUGAAUGGCAUUUCAUAUAACAAACAAGUCUUCAAGUCUUCACACGAGCUAGAGGGCUGCAAAGCUAGAUAA